UCUCUGACUCCGGCAUCUCUCGGUGUAUGAAGAAUGAAGGGGGAUCUUUCCUGCUCAAGUGAACACAUCGGCAAUUUAAGAUAAGUUAAAGACCCUCGAGAAACAGACGGCAAGCCCGGACGAAGACAAUCUCCACUUGUUGUAACUCCUUCGUUGUGUCGGAGCGGCGCGUCUUCAUGCUGUGUUAAAGCGGAAGACGUGAGGAUCUUUUGGCGUGUGUGCUGCGCCAGGUGUCGUGCCACGGAGUGUGGGAAAAUGCCAUCUUUUUCAUGGAGGGUUUGCCCUGCGCUGGUGCUGCUCCUCUUUCCUUCCCCUGUGGCUGCAGAUGAAGCGUCGUCAUUUCUGGAGGGCUGGCACGAUGUCUGGCUCUUCCGCUUCUUCAUCAACAUCCUGGGAUACUCCACCAUCAUCAUCCCUGGCUACCUCCUCAUUAGCUACUUCAAGCGCAUCAAUUACCUAGAAACAGGUCAGGGAAUUUGCUAUCCUAUCAUAAAGACAUGUGUGUUUGGCAGUGAAGCCAAGACAGGACUGUUGGAUGAUGUCCCAGUUGCACCCAGGAAUGAGGGCGAUGCAGGCUCACCAGUCCGACAAGCCAUUAAGUUAGUAUUUUGUGCGGCAGGACUUCAGGCAUCCUACCUGACAUGGGGGGUUCUGCAGGAGAGGGUGAUGACACGUUCCUACGGAGCCACGAGUGCUGAGCAGGAAGGUGAGAAGUUCAAGGACUCCCAGUUCUUAGUGUUCAUGAACCGCAUCCUGGCUCUGACCGUGUCAGGCCUGUGGUGUGUCCUGUUCAAGCAGCCUCGCCACGGAGCGCCCAUGUACAAGUACUCGUUUGCCUCGCUCUCCAACAUCAUGAGCAGCUGGUGUCAGUACGAGGCCCUCAAGUACAUCAGCUUCCCCACUCAAGUCCUGGCUAAAGCCUCCAAGGUCAUCCCCGUCAUGCUCAUGGGUAAGAUCGUCUCCCGAAAGAGCUACGAAUACUGGGAGUACUUCACUGCCGUCCUGAUUUCAGUGGGCGUCAGCAUGUUCCUGCUGUCCAGCACAACCAACAAGCACCCGUCCACCGUCACCACCUUCAGCGGCGUCAUCAUCCUCGUCGGCUACAUUGUCUUUGACAGCUUCACCUCCAACUGGCAGGACAACCUGUUCAAGUAUAAGAUGUCAUCGGUGCAGAUGAUGUUUGGCGUCAACCUGUUCUCCUGCCUCUUCACUGUGGGUUCGUUGCUGGAGCAGGGCGCCUUCUUCGACUCGCUGGCCUUUAUGACGCGCCACUCGGAGUUCGCCUUCCAUGCCGUGCUGCUGUCCGUGUGCUCGGCGUGCGGCCAGCUCUUCAUUUUCUACACCAUCAACCAGUUCGGGGCUGCUGUCUUCACCAUCAUUAUGACCCUGCGGCAGGCUAUCGCCAUUCUGCUCUCCUGCUUCCUUUACGGUCACGCCAUCACCUUGGUUGGUGGCUUCGGCAUUGCCGUAGUUUUCCUGGCUCUCUUUCUGCGGGUUUACGCGCGAAGCCGCAUGAAGGCAGGCCGGCGGUCAGCGCUGCCGCUUGCACAGAAGGUGUAAGACUCGGAGAGGUCACACCAAACUGGGAACUGAGACCACGUUUUCUGUGGUGCUUUUUUGUCUAUUUGUGUGUAUCUGUUGAGGUUUUUAUUUUUACUGUUCUUGUCCAUGGGUUUGUACUUUCUUCAGCAAAGGUACAGAAAGGGAUUCUGCAUUUUUGAGGGUACUGGACUUGACUCUGAAACCAAGAUGCCCCCAAGGGGUCAGUGAGACUGUUCUGAUCAGCAGUCACAGAAUUUUCGAGUGCCUGUUAAAUUAGCUAAUCCAUGAGGCCCAUACUGCAAACUUUGCAAACUGCCCCUUAGCUUAUAGUUUGUUUUUACUUAAACCACCAUAUGUGGCUUAUUCAGCCAAUUAACGGUUACUAUGACAAUAAGAGAUGUCUGUGAAAUUUGUAUAUCUCAAAGUUGUGUAAAACCUUGUUUCUCAACAAAGUACAACCAUUACAAAGUGUAACUACGUUUGUAGUGUCAUGGCAUGAUCCAUCAGUUAACCAGAUAUUUAUUAGCUUAUAUUACCCAAGUAUUUUAUUUCUUUAAUUUUCUUCCUUUUUGAUGUUACUUUGUUUUCACUCCCAUAUUUUAAUGAAAUGAGAAGGAUUACUGGGAGUGUUUGCCAAGUAAAUGGGAAAACGUGGUCUUGCACAGCAUUAAGAGGCGACUGUCAAAUAAGUAAUGCCUGUUAUUUCAUCAUCACAUAUUUUGCAGCACUGUUUUAAAUUGAUGCUCUGAGAAUCGGUCAGUUCCUGUAAAGGUUGAGCCCCAAGCCUCCAAAAUUAUUCAUUCUAUGAAUUUAACAUCAAGUGAGUGGGUUUAUUUUUGUCUUCUUUAUUUAUUUAUCCAUUUAAAGUACAUUACGGCUCCACUGUUAGAAUUUAAAAGUCAUUAAAUUUUUAUUUCUGUUGAAAUGCUUCCACAGAUGAGUAAAUGAACCAGCAUCCUGUUUAAAAAAAAAAAAAUACAAGCAAACAAAACGUUAGACUAAAAACACUAAUCGAAAUUGAACACAAAAAGUUCUUAGAUAAAAUACACAGUCAUAUAUUGUCUGUCAUCCACUAGCCCCUUAGCGUUCACCGCUACACUUGUUGAUGUUUCACACAAAAUGUAACAUGAUAAGAUGUGCUGCUCUCUAUGCAUUAAUUUUUAAGGUAAUAUUUGAUGACGUUUCGCAUCAGUUUACCUGAUCUCAGAUGUCUGAGCAGAUGUCGCCUCCCUCCCUUCCCCCCGCCACAGUUUCUCCCUGAUGGUAUCGUCACGUUCUGAUAGAAAAAGGAAAGAGCCUCUCACCCACAAUAGGCCAUGUUUAUCUCCAUGUCGGAGAGCAGGAUCCUUUAUGCAGGAUUGUUUGAUAUUAUGUUUUAAAACUGCAGGAUGGCCUGCACACAUGGUGCAUAUGUUACUGUUUUGCUUUUCUUUAAAGGUAUACGUUGACGUGGUUAGGAACACUAAAGUACAAAGAUGUAACAGAGCCAAAUGCUGCUUUGAUUUUGUCUGGAAUCACAAUUGUUAACGUAACAAUGGCCUAGUCAAAUAAAAGACUGAAAACCGCUUUGCUCUGUGGUCUUCACCACAGAUCCAAAUUUAAAUUAUUAGUUUUAAAGUUGGAGGCUGAAAAUGGUGUCAGUAUACCUUUAAGUCAUCUUUUUCCACACCUACUUGUCUGUUAUGUGUUUUUGAUAAGAACUGUUCCAUGUACUGUUUUUAUGUGAAUGUUUGGGAGAAUUACUGAAAAGGUGGUGGUGGUGCUGCUGCUUCAUUGGUAUCGCAGGAAUGUCAGAAAGAUGUGCCGCGGGGGUGUUUGCAGCACAGAAUGCAUACAAGGGAAACAUGAUGUAACUGGUACCUUGUUUUUAUCAUUGUAGUAUUUGAUUUAGCAACUGGAUUAAUAAUAAAAUACAUUAAAUUAACUUAAAACUA